AUGCGGUUUAUCGCUAUACUACCGGUGCUCUGCUGUACCGCCGCCCUCAUACUUUCAUUCCUAUGCCUAUUCGCGGGUCACAAGAAGGGUUUCAUGGAAGAUUACUCUCUCCUCACACUUAACACUUCUGCUGUCGGGCAAAAUCUCAUCUCCUCUGCAACAUCAGAUUCCGACUCUACACUCUCAUCGAUUAUAAACCUCAUCCCUGAUUCCAUCACCGAUAGCGUCACAAACGAGAUCAAUGAACAGAUUGAUGAGCUCCGCGAGCGCAUUGGUGUCGAAGACUGGUACUCGGCACACAUGUUGAAUUACUGCCAAGGACAGUAUGAGCCUGGAGAAGUGGCAAAUGCAACGCUGAGUCAGAGCGACAUCAGCAAGAACGUUACCGAGUGCGCGAAGAGCAGGGCUACCUACAAGUUCGACCCUACCCAGAUCAUCCAGGAUGCGCUCAACAGGACGGGUGUAGACAUUACCCUACAAGACCUGCAAUGGCCAGAUGAUAUUCAAACGGGAAUCGACACACUCAACGCGCUCAUGGCGGCCAUGUUCGUUCUCUACGUCAUCGCAAUCUGCCUUAUCUUUAUCACGCUCAUUACUGGCGUUCUUGGAAUCUUCAUCGGGAAUGGAAGACUCACUCCAUGUGUCAACUUCCUUCUCGCCACACUUGCGUUCCUGGCUAUUGGAUUGGCGAGCGCGCUUGUCACUGCCGUUAUGAUCAAGGCUACCCAAAUCAUCAACAAGCAUGGUAGUGACAUUGGUCUUAGCGCAAACUGGGGCGGUAAAUUCCUUGCUCUAACAUGGGCUGCAACCGCACUCAUGCUCGUUGCGGUCCUUGGCUGGGUCGCUAGCUUCUGCAUUGGCGGUAAAGAGCAUAGCUCUCGCCGCGCUCGCAAGCCCUACAAGGUGUAG